AUGUCAGAGUACAGGGACUGGACGCGCGAGACUGAGAACGCGGUCCUCGACGAAGUCGCCGCCGCUCAGAACGACAGCCCCGAGCGCACUGAUCCGCCUCAGACGUUGCCGCCUGGCCAGCCAUCUGAAGACACGCAAGUUGAUAGAACCGAGUCGCCCUCACGACCAAGUACUUCAUCACAAUGGGAACCCAGACCAGGCUUUGCGCACAUCGACGGCGAUGUCAAUGGACGUGGGUACAAUGAGACUUUGGUCGACAUAGUCUGCGUGCCGUGUCCCGGAGCCGACCCAGUCGAAACAUGGGCCCGCGACCCACUGCCGGAGGGAUACUUCGGACGGGCUACCGAUGUGCCGCCGACUGCGUUGAAAGAGCUCGCGGGAGCUAGUAUCUUGUCGCCAACGAUCAAUCGACAUCUUCCCAAGGCGACUCAUCUGUGGGUGAGGCAGGGGAUUCGGAAGGAGGUUAGCGAGGCUCGAGUGCUACUCUACCGGCAUCGCGAGUUGGUGGAGGGACUCACGCUGGAGGAUCUGGCGAAUGAUUUGAUUGAGCAAGUCUGGAACACAAGAUAUGGCAACGUGAGUCUUUAG